AUGGAAAAGAGCACCUGGCGGUUCGCGCAGGUCCGCGUGAUGGUGGAGUUGUCCUCGACGAAAUCGACGUACAUCGGGGACCAAAUCCCUUCCUCCGGGACUCGCCGGCCGAUCGAGUCGAGAAACCCGAUCUUUCGUUGGUGCUUUUUCGAGGCCCCAUCCGUGUACGUGAAGGUCGGCGUCAGGCCGGACAGGGUGUUCUUUGGGAUCCAGUUUGGUAAAGAACGCGUGCGAUUAGAUUUGCCGUCGAAAUAA